AUGUCGGCCACACACGACACAGAAGAGCUGGCGAUGCAGGGUAGAGAUUGGGUGCUGGAAGAGGUCAAAGCGCUGCAGGAAGCGAAUGGUGGGAAGUGUCCAACAGUAGCGCAGUUGACAAAGGCAAUGCCUCUGACAAAAGAGGAAGCCAAAGAGGUGCUGCAGGAGUACAAAUGCGCAGCUGCUGAGGAUGUCCCGCCAAAAAAAAGGGCCAAGAAAUUCCCUGAUCCUCCAGUGCCAGAAGUGCCAGAGGCUCCAGUAGAGCGUCCAGUGCUUUCUCCUCGCCCUCCUUUAGCGUCAGCUGCAACGCAGAUCUAUGAUCAUGAUGAGACCCAAGUUGUUCCUGAACCUUCUGUGCCCUUGACCCAGCCUGAACAGCUGACGCCCAAGAGCUUGGAGCUGAUGACUCCAACGCAGCUUGCUCUGGAGAAACAUGGUUCACAUAG